UAUGCCUCUUCGACAAGAUUUCUUUGAAUGGUUUCAAUUAUCAUCCUCAAAAAAUUUUUUUGCAUCCAUUUACAGUCACUUGAUCUCUGUUGUUUUUACGUUCAAAUUUUCAAUUAUCUUCUUGGCUCUGAAAAUCUAUUUUCAGCAGAAUUCCCUCUCCUAGCUCUCUCUCUCUCUCUCUCUCUCUCUCUCUCUCUUAUUGCUAUUAUUCUUUCCUCUUUUUUUGGUCUGUACUUGUGUCAAUUUUACUGUACUCUUUUCAUGCAUGAGACGCACCAUAAAUCUCGGGUUUACUGGAAGCUAAUUGAAUGCCUUAGCAUGAGAAAUAUAUAUUCUUGUUGCAAAAGCCCUUCAUACACGUAGAUCUGUUGUCCAAUAGAAGCUGAAUUAGAUUACGUGUCGGAACCAUGCUAAACGCUUUCUUUGUAAGAAACUACAAAGCGUUGCUUAGCAGUCUGAGUCCUACUGCCACAUAUCGUUUUUCUGAUUUUCUCUAACAUAUUGUUUGAACUCCUAUUACGCACAUAUUAUUAGUCUUUAGUUUUGCAGGUCUUGUAAUUUUGUUAUAAUCCAUUUAUGGAUAUCUUUAUAUGUGAUUCUAGCUCUGUGCUGAACUUAUUGAAGGUAUGAUGUCUAAAAUUGAUUUCUUAUUAUACGUUUAAAUUAUCUGAAAUAGAUUUAAUAUAUGAACAACUGACUUAAGUUUUCCAGAUUAAAUUAUGGUCUGGUGAGGCCAUUAUACAAAUUUCUUCAGUCCUGCAAGCUGCUGAAUUAAAUCUUUCCAGACGUGAACACAUAUUUCUUGGGGAUUGACUUCGUUUAUCAUUAAACUUCUUAACUCUUGACAGACUUUUGGCUUUUCGACUUCUACUUCACUUUUCAUUCCUUGAAAUUUUAUGGCGUUCUCAACUUAACCGCACAAAGUGGGGGUUGUGUUUACUAAAUCAUUUUCAUGCAGAUUUGGAAGAAUUCUUUAUAUGCACGGUUAACAUUUUCUCAAAUUGAAUUAUUAAUGUUAUAGAGCAAUAUCCUAAAUAUUUAGCAAAUAGGUUCUUAUGACAGCAUAUCUGAUUCCAAGUUACAGAUAUUGAUACAUGACAACCAUGAUAUGAGUGAAAUUUCUGAUUUUGCAAUCUGGUUUUUAAGAAGUAACUAGGAAUUUUAAAGUAUUUGUCAAGAGACUUUUGUUAAACCACAGAUGUGUGUGUGUGUGUGUGUGUGUGUCGUGUGUGUGUACUAGAGCACGUAUAACAUGCCCACAGACAAACUGUUUGUAGAGACUUGUUGAGUUCUAUAUGCAUGAAGCUUUGAGAUGAUUUUCAGAGAUCAAGCUAAAGUUAAAUGUUAUAUGGAGACUAAAAAAAUAUAAAAUCAUGGUGUUUAGCUAAAAUAUAAUUGACAAAUAUACUGUCAUCUCAUGCAUGUUUAAUUGUUUUUGCAUCGUUCACUAUGAACUACUAAUCCUGAUGUAUGUUUGGAUGUAACAUCAGAAAGUGAAGCUGCAGUCUACUGGCUUGUUAUUUAUCUUUGUGCAUGUGAUGUCAAUUUGGCUGUAUAUUCUUUCAAUUAAAUGUUGAAUCUAUUAUAUGGCUUUAACCCAUCUAUGGCAUUUAGGAUUGCUAUUGCUCUUUAUUUCAGCCGUUUAAGCAGGGUGGAAGUAAUGUCUGAGAAGCAGGCGCAAUUAAGGAUGCGUUUUUUAUAUGUUGAGGAAUCUGCUAUGGGCAACAUCCAAGCAUGAUGUGUACCUCAUGCAAAAUUACUCAGUUAUGCAUUGGUCGUCAUUGCUGCGUAGAGGCAAAGAAGUCCUCAAUGUGGCUAAACCAAUUGUUCCAACCCUGAAAUGCCCGGGGUUGUUGUCUCAGCCACUAUCCAGAGUGCAAAUAAGUACUAUGGCUGUCAAAGAGGACUUAAUAGUUGCAGGAGGUUUUCAAGGAGAGCUUAUUUGCAAGCAUUUGAAUCAACCUGGAGUUCAAUUCUGCACGAAAGUAACAACAGGUGAAAAUGCUAUUACAAAUGCAGUGGACAUUUACCAUAACCAAAGUGGCUCAGUGAGGAUUUUGACUGCGAACAAUGAUACCCUUGUUAGAGUUUUUGAUGCCGAAAGUUUUGCUUGCCUAAAUCGUCUCUCCUUUGAUUGGUCUGUGAAUAACACCUCCGCCAGCCCAGAUGGUAAAUUACUUGCUGUCCUUGGUGACAGUACAGAGUGCUUAAUGGCCGAUGCUCAUUCUGGGAAGAUAACUGGUAGCCUGAAGGGACAUUUGGAUUAUUCUUUUGCAUCGGCUUGGCACCCUAAUGGACAAAUUUUGGCUACAGGGAAUCAAGAUACUACAUGUAGGCUAUGGGACAUUAGGAAUACAUCCAAGUCCCUGGCUGUGUUGAAAGGAAACAUGGGUGCAAUUAGAGCACUAAGGUUUACUUCAGAUGGCCAGUUCUUGGCUAUGGCGGAACCUGCAGACUUUGUUCACAUCUUUGAUACAGAAUCUGGGUAUGUCAAGUGCCAGGAGAUCGACCUAUUUGGGGAAAUUGCCGGCAUAUCCUUUAGCCCAGAUACAGAAGCCCUCUUUGUUGGGGUCGCUGACCGUACUUACGGUAGCUUGUUAGAGUUUAACAGGAAACAUUAUGAGAGGUAUUUGGACUCCAUAUUCUAGUUAAAGAUGCCCAAACUUGAAGCAACCUUGUGGAUGUGUAUACGACUUACAGGUUCUUUGUUUUAAGGUUGUUCGAAGCUUAAGCUUAAGCUUUUUUCUUAGAUUUCCCCCCUUUUAUUCUAUCUGGUGUUCCAAUAUUUUGGCUGUAUAGAGCAGUGUGCUUAGGUAUUGGUGGCAUGUGUCCUUGAGGAGCUAGUUUUGUGAAGGGUUAAUUUUUUGAAGCUGGCAGAAAAGGAAGAUAAGAUAAAUUUUUGUAUUUUUUUUGUAAGGCAGUUGAGGUGGUUGUCUGUGUGUAUAUAAUAUAUAAUGUGUCGGAUUUUUAUUAUAAUUUACAAGUAAGGAUGACGAAGUCACCUGCUCCGUUGGACCUGAUCUGGUGGGGCGGAUAAAAUCUGCUUCCUAUUGAGGGUGGGAAUGAGUUUUAAACAUAAAAUUCGAUAUGCCCUAUAA